AUGGUCGACGAGAAGGUCACAGGAGAUCCAAUGGUCGAGAAGCCGCAAGAUACCCAGAAUGAGUUCGAGACAUCGAGCCAGGUGCUUCCAGGCGACAAGACGGGCUCAUUGUCGGCACUGAGCGAUGACGCACAUACCAAGGCUUUGACCCGCAAGCUUCUCUUCAAGCUUGAUACGAGAAUCCUUCCUGUUCUCGCCUUGCUUUUCCUCUGCUCCUUCCUCGACCGGACCAACGUCGGUAAUGCAAAGAUUCUGGGCCUCGAAAAGGAUGCAGGCCUGAACAACAGUCAAUACGCAAAUGGCCUGGCCAUUUUCUUUGCCUUUUACAUUGCCGCUGAAUUGCCCAGUAAUCUGGUACUCAAGAAGUUCAGCCCGCGACUGUGGCUAGCUUUUCUCACUGCCGCGUGGGGUAUCAUCGGCAUGUGCCUGGGAUUCAUUCGAAACUAUGGUGGAUUUCUGGCUGUCCGGGCAUUUCUAGGCCUUGCAGAGGGAGGAUUGCUGCCAGGCAUGGUACUCUACCUAUCAGGGAUGUACACCAGAGGUGAACUGGCCCUUCGCAUAGGACUGUUCUACACCAGCGCAUCUCUUGCGGGAGCCUUUGGAGGUCUUCUGGCACGCGGUCUUUCCGCCAUUGGUCCUACUGGUAGCGUUGUAGAUGCUGGGUGGCGAUGGAUCAUGAUCAUUGAAGGUCUUUUGACCUUUGCGGCUGGAGUGGCGUCAUAUUUCCUGCUUCCAAACAGCGUAUCAACAGCCUGGUUCCUGUCGCCUGAGGAGCGAGAACUCGGAAAGCGGAGGCUCCGGAACGAUACCUCCGCACACUUGCCCGACGGCCAGGCCUCUGAAGGAGUUGAGAAGUUCCGAUGGUCAGAGGUCAGACGGGGAGUAUUCAAUCUUCAACUGUGGCUCACCGCCACGGCGUACUUCUCCAUUCUCUCUGGGUUGUAUUCCUUUGGAUUGUUCCUGCCAACCAUCAUUAAGGGCCUGGGUUACACGGCGAACGAAGCUCAGCUUUGGUCGGUUAUCCCUUAUGCCGUUGCGGCUGUCGUUACGGUGAUCGUGGCCAUCGCUUCUGAUCGAUUGAAACUCCGAGGUGUUGCGAUGCUCUUCAGCUUGCCAUUGGCCAUUAUCGGAUACGCGGUGAUUGCCAAUGUUAGCGAGCAUGACAAUCACACGAAGUACGGCAUGACAUUUUUGAUGGCCACAGGGCUAUAUGCCAGCGUUCCACCCGUUCUGGUGUGGAAUUCUAACAAUUCUGCUGGUCACUACAAGCGUGCCACGACAAGCGGUCUUCAGCUGGCUAUCGCCAACGCAGGUGGAUUCGUCAGUGCUUUCAUUUAUCCAUCGGCGGAGGCACCUCAAUACCACAAAUCGCAUACCAUCAUUUUGGGAUUGCUGGUCUAUGCGUGGUUUGCAAUUUUAUGCAAUGUUCUCUACUGCGCGAAGAUCAACCGUGACAAGGCGAACGGCAAAUACGACAAAUACAUCGGGUACGGCGACGACCGAGAUCCGGAAUUCAAGAUGGUAUUGUAA